AUGAAGGGCGGAGCAAUGCAGCCGCGGCCGUUCAUGAUGCACGGCCCGGGGGGCCCGAUGCCGCCGCCGCAGCAGUUCGGCCUCACGGAGACGCGCCCGCCGCUGGCCGCCAUGCAGCGGCCGCGCUUCAACAUCCCGGGCCUCAACCCCUCCGCCCCCGCCAACGCCGCCGGCAAGAUCUCCUCCACCUACGACCUCGUCGAGUCCAUGCGCUUCCUCUACGUGCACGUCGUCAAGGCGCGGGACCUGCCCGCCGCCUCCGCCGCCGGCUCCAUCGACCCCUUCGUCGAGGUCAAGCUCGGCAACUACAAGGGCUCAACCCCCAUCCACGCCGCCAACCACAGCCCCGCCUGGCACCAGGUCUUCGCCUUCUCCGCCACGCACCUCCAGUCCCACCUCCUCGAGGUCGCCGUCAGGGCCAAGGACCUCGCCGGCGCCGGCGACGACCUCGUCGGCCGCGUCGCCUUCGACCUCUCCGAGGUCCCCGUCCGCGUCCCCCCGGACUCCCCGCUCGCGCCGCAGUGGUACCGCCUCGAGGGCCGCCGCGGCGAGAAGCUGCACCGCGGGGAGCUCAUGCUCUCCGUCUGGCUCGGCACGCAGGCCGACGAGGCCUUCCCGGACGCCUGGCACUCCGACGCGCACGGCGCCGCCAGCCCGCAGGCCGUCGCCUCCACCCGCGCCAAGGUCUACUUCUCCCCCAAGCUCGUCUACCUCCGCGUCGCCGCCAUCGCCGCGCAGGACCUCAUCCCCCACGACGCCUCCUCCCGCGCCAUGAACGCCUCGGUGAAACUCCAGCUCGCCAACCAAAUCCGCCGCACGCGCCCGGGGGGCCCGCCCGGGUCGCCCAACCCGAUGUGGAACGAGGAGUUCAUGUUCGUCGCCUCCGAGCCCUUCGACGACCCGCUCUUCAUCACCGUCGAGGACCGCGUCGGCCCCGGCCGCGACGAGCCGCUCGGCCGCAUCAUUCUCCCGCUCAACCAAGCAAUGCCCCGCCACGACCACUACGGCAAGCCCGUCGAGCCGCGCUGGUUCAGCCUGCUCCGCCCCGGCGACGACUCCCCCGACCGCAAACAUCCCGACCACAAGUUCGCCAGCAAGAUACAGAUCCGGAUGUCGCUCGACUUCGGCUACCACGUCCUCGACGAGUCCACCUACUACAGCAGCGACCUGCAGCCCUCCUCCAAGCACGCGCGCAAGCCCAGCAUCGGCAUCCUCGAGGUCGGCGUCCUCGGCGCCCGCAACCUCAUCCCCAUCAAGGCCAAGGACGGCCGCGCCACCGACGCCUACUGCGUCGCCAAGUACGGGCCCAAGUGGGUGCGCACCAGGACCAUCCUCAACACGCUCAACCCGCAGUGGAACGAGCAGUACACCUGGGAGGUCUUCGACCCCUGCACCGUCAUCACCGUCGUCGUCUUCGACAACAGCCAGAUUGGGGCCAAGAACGGCGGCGAUGCCAGGGACGAGCACAUCGGCAAGGUCAGGAUAAGGCUCUCCACGCUCGAGACUGACCGGGUGUACACACACUUCUACCCGUUGCUGGCUCUGAAGCCCAGCGGGCUCAAGAAGACCGGCGAGCUGCAUCUGGCCGUGCGCUUCACCUGCACUGCCUGGGUCAACAUGAUCGCCAUGUAUGGCCGCCCGCUGCUGCCCAAGAUGCACUACUCCCAACCAAUAUCAGUGAUGCAGCUGGACUACCUGAGGCACCAGGCCACCCAGAUUGUUUCGGCCAGGCUUAGCCGAGCAGAGCCUCCGCUGCGCAGGGAGGUGGUGGAGUACACGCUUGAUGUCGGCUCGCACAUGUUCAGCCUCAGGCGCAGCAAGGCCAACUUCUACCGGAUCACCUCGCUCUUCUAUGGUUUCGCCGCGAUGGCCAAGUGGUACGAUGGCAUCCGGAGCUGGCGGAACCCGAUCACGACGAUGCUGGUGCACAUGCUGUUCCUCAUCCUGAUCUGCUACCCGGAGCUCAUCCUGCCCACCAUCUUCCUCUACAUGUUCAUGAUCGGGCUGUGGAACUACAGAUACAGGUCAAGGCACCCACCACACAUGGACACUAAGCUAUCGCAGGCCGAGUUUACGCACCCUGAUGAGCUCGACGAGGAGUUCGAUACGUUCCCAACCAACAGGCCGGCUGACAUUGUGAGAUUGCGCUACGACAGGCUGAGGAGUGUCGGAGGUCGUGUGCAGACGGUGGUCGGAGACCUGGCGACGCAAGGUGAGAGAGCUCAUGCUUUACUGAGCUGGAGAGACCCUCGGGCAACCGCCAUCUUCAUAUUCUUGUCCCUGGUCGUCGCCAUUGUGCUCUACGUGACGCCGUUCCAGGUUUUGAUGGUGAUCGCCAUGCUUUACUUGCUGCGCCAUCCCCGGUUCCGCAGCAGGAUGCCCUCUGUCCCGUUCAACUUCUACCGAAGGUUGCCUGCCAAGUCUGAUUUGCUCCUUUGAGGAGGCCAAGAACAUUCAACAGAAGAUCAAUGGGGGAGCCUUGUAACAUUGCCUGUCUCCCUCAUUCUGUUCCUUCUGAUUAACAUCAGAUCAGAUGUGAAUAUACUCGGUGAGUUCAUUAGUUAGAGGCAGCUGGUGGCCCAGUAAUAAGGUAUUGGUUCUGCUUAGUUAGGCAGAAAACGAAGGGAAUGACUGGAUCCCUUCAUAGUUUUGGAUGAAAAUGGUUGGUCUUCAGGCUUC